AUGCACACACGACCUGUCACAGCCUUUCAGCUUCCCAGAGACCUCUCAGAACGCGAUGCCUCCUACUUCGGCCUCUCUUCCAUGUCCUGCGUUACACCACUCCCCUGCGAAUGCCGUUCCUGUGGUUCUAGGUCACAGGCGAUUGAUCUCGCCUCAGGCCUGAAACUGAACGAGAUCGAAUCAGAAGCGCUUGAGAUCGACCAGGUGUUCAAACUCCUGCAAAGCGAUUGGAAUGGCCUGAGCCAGGAGGAAGCGAAUCGGCGAUUGCAGAUAUUCGGGCCUAACAAGUUCAAGGGUGAGCACCAGAGCCUAAUUAUUCAGUUUAUUGGCUUCUUGUGGAACCCUCUAGCGUGGAUGAUGGAGGUGGCAGCCAUCCUCGCCGUCGUCCCUUCCGGCAAGGAGGAUCAACCACCGGAUUGGCAGACCUUCAGCGGCGUCAUCCUCCUUCUGAUACUCACCUCUGUCACCUGUUUCUACAAGGAAAGGAGGGUCAUAACUGAACUCAAGGCGCGAGAAGACUCGCCCGAAGCCCCGAAAGUGAGAGUGCGCCGCGAUAACUCGUGGAAGGAGAUCGACAGCGCACACAUCGUCCCUGGCGACCUCGUUUUGUUCAAGAUCGAUGACAUCGUUCCUGCAGACUGCAUUGUUGUUGAAGCCAUGAACUUGUCCGUCGACGAGGCGGUGGUGACCGAGGAGUGUUUAACCCAGAGCAAGGAUGUUGGAGAUAAAUGCUUUUCGGGGUCAACCUGCCGAAAUGGUGAGGCAGAGGCCAUCGUCCUUUCAACUGGACCCAAUACGUUCUUCGGGCGCGCAGCCUCACUUGUCGGCCCUGAAGAUGAUGCAACAAACCGAUUACGGAACUUUAUCGCGCAGAUUGCAUCUUUCUGCCUCAUCAUCACUGGAAUCUUCGUCGUCGCAGAAAUCCUCGUGCUCUAUGCCAGCUUCCACUUCCCAUAUCGUUGGGGGCUCAGUUCAAUUAUUGUUCUUCUGAUUGGUGGUAUACCUAUCGCUAUUCCAAACACACUCUCCUACACCGUCACCAUAGGAUUAACCACGCUCGCCCAAUGCAAAGCUAUCGUCACUCGUCUUGCCGCUUUAGAGGAGCUUGCUGGGGUCAAUAUUCUUUGCUUUGACAAAACCGGCACGCUGACGACCAACGUCCCCACCGUCGACGGGGGUGGCAAUAAGACAUACAGCCGCUUUUCCCGGGAAGAAGUCACACAAUUGGCCGCCUACGCCUCGCAGACGGAAAACCCUGACACCAAGGAUGCUGUCAUCUUGCGCGCUCUUGAAGAUCCCGAGAAGGCCCGAGAAGGCAUCGAAGUACUGGAACUCAGACCUUACAACCCAGUAGAUGGGCGUACGGAGGUCACGUACCGUGAAAACGCGACCGGCAGGAUCAAACGCGUCACCAAGGGUAUGACAGGGAUCAUCGUCGAAUUAUGCACGCGAAACCGAACCGAGGCGUUUGAAGACCAACUGGAAGUCGACGUGGAAGAGGCUGCCAUACAAGGAAUGCGCGUAAUCGCCAUCGCCUACGAAGACGUGCGCGGAGACGAUUUCGAAGCUAGUGGUGAAGGCUUUGAGUUCGUUGGCUUCCUCCCCAUUUUCGACCCUCCUCGCGAAGAUGCAAAGCAGGCUAUCGAAGAAGCCCGGUCGCUCGGCCUGAAAGUGAAGCUGCUCGCCGACGGCCAACUAUCAAUAGCCAAGGAACUAGGACGCCGCAUUGGGUUGGGUGAUCAUAUGCAUGCUGCGAAGGUGCUCCGAGAAGGCCACUCCAAUAUCGAUGAAAUUGUCUUGUACGCAGAUGGCUUUGCAGGGAUCUACCCAGAACAUAGAGGCGAAGUCGUGAAUAAGCUCCAAGCGAUGGGGUACUCGUGUGCAAUGGUUGGACGCGAGGCUAGCAGCGCCACAGCCUUGUCUUGUGCCAGUGUCGGAAUCGCCGUCGAUGGAGCAACUGACGAGGUUCGAGGAGCAGCGGACAUGAUCCUCACCGAACCGGGUCUCUCGACAGUCGUGCAGGCUAUACGACAAUCCCGUGUUACUCUGCAUCGCCUGAAGAGCUAUUCAAUCUACGUGUGUGCAGUGACGAUCCUUCUGGUUGUCUGUUUCGCUGUCCUCGCGUUCACAUACAAGUUCGAUUUCCGGCCGUUCAUGGUGCUGGUCAUUGCACUGCUCAAUUAUGGAAUGACGAUGACGCUGCCGCUAGACCGUGCUCUCCCUUCCAAUGAGCCGGAUGUGUGGGAUUUGACUGAGAUCUUCUCGUUCGCCAUCGCGUAUGGGUUGUAUUUGACAACUUCUUCUAUCACCCUUAUCGUCGUCAUCAUCGAGACCAGCUUUUUCCAGAGCAGGUUUGGCGUCCAGUUGAGCACCCCUGGCCCCGUGGACCCCAACGAUCCUCAACUACACAUGAUCGCCUACCUCCAAGUCGCCAUCAUCUCGCAGGCUCUUAUCUUUGUCACUCGUUCUCAUGGGUUCUUCUUUAUGGAACGGCCGUCCUUUGCUUUGAUGGGAACAUUCGUUGUGGCACAAGUUGUGUCGAGUCUCAUCGCCGCGUACUGCGACUGGGGCUUCGCGCAAAUUCAUAGCGUCAGUGGAGGGUAUAUUGGGAUCGUUUGGUUUUGGAACAUCGUUUGGUUCGUUCCUCUGGACUGGAUCAAGCUCUCCAUGAAGGCAACAGUCAUCAAGUCCUUCCGCGAACGUCGUCUCAGACAGACCCGCGAGGAGGUUGCGGCGAGGGCGACUGGCGUUCCUAUCAAGCGUGCCCAGUCACGCGCUGCCUCCAUCUAUGAGAGUUUCUACUCCAACCGCACGAAUUUUUUGAAGCAGGCGGUGAGAAAGGUUGGGUUCAAGGGCAAGGUGACGGUGCGCCCUGAAGAGCUUGAAAGGUUUAGCAGCAUCCAGGCGCACAGGAGCGGGCAGAAACUCGCCAGGCACCCAGAGGUAAUUCCAAUGUGUUGA